AUGGCGCAGCAGGACUCAGAGCAUGGCCCUCGGACGACGGCGCCGGCAGCCCCCGAGCUGGAGUGCAAGAUCUGCUACAGCCACUACGACACCUGCUCCCGCAGGCCCAAGGUGCUCGGCUGCGGCCACCGCCUGUGCGCCCGGUGCCUGUGCAAGAUGGUGCCACCGGCGGACGCGUCCCCCCCCCGGCUCUGCUGCCCCUUCUGCCGCCAGCACAGCCCCGUGCCCGCUGGGGACGUGCAGCAGCUGAGGGAUGAUGCUGAGGCCCUGGCGCUGCUGCCGGCUGAGCAGGACGAGCAGCAGGGGCCCCCCCAGUCCCCCGAGGUGCUGCUGUGCCCCAGUGUGCUGGAGCCGGUGCCCAGCCCCGAGUGCCUGGUGGUCACCAUCCUGCAGGUGCCGGAGGACGUGUCACCGCCCGAGGGGCUGGGCAGGCUGGAGGUGGUGCGGUUGUACCGUCCGGCCAGCCCGGCUGCGCUGCCCUGCCGCGGCCCCGGCCACAAGUGCCGCUCCUGGGGGUGGCGAGCGGUGCCCCGCUUCAUGCUGGGCGUCCUCUGCCUGCUCUACUUCAGCUCCCUGCCCUUCGGCAUCUACCUCCUGCUCAUCGAGCACCACAGCCUGGGCAUCGUCCUCGUCAGCCUCGUGCCCUGCACCCUCCUCCUCUGCAUCAUCUACAGCCUCUGCCAGUGUCUGUGCCGCGAGCUCUUUGGGUUCCCCCACUCCUGA